CCUCCUUCAUCAUUACUUCAUCCAGUCUCGACGUAGCUUUCUCUCUCUAGCAUCGCUCAUCUCACCAAUUCUUCACUCCGGUCUACUUUACGAUCUUUUUCAUCUCUUUCAUUGAGCGUCUUUAGUUUUUUAUUCUCGUAUCUUUGCUAUUCUAACAGUCAAUCCUUUUUAAGAACACAACCUCAUUUUCUUCAUUAUUUUUAUUCGGACAUUUAUCACAGCAAGUUUUUGGAUUCAAAUCAUACCAACCUAGGACAAAGAUGUGGUCGAUUAGCUGUACAAUUUCUCUCGUAGCUUUCUUGAUUAACUUUGUCGCAUGCUCAGGGCAGGGUCAACCAUUCGGUUUUGGCGCCCAAACUACCGGUGGUGGUAAUGUUACGGCACAAACUCCAAAUUCCUUAGAGCAGCUCGUGUCAUGGCUGGCGGACUCUGUACCAAGAGUGAUUCUUAUUGAUCGAACUUUCGACUUUAGUGAUUUAGAGGGAAAUGUUACUGAAACAGGAUGUGCGCCUUGGCCAACUUGUUCUUCUGGUAAUCAAGUUCAGCACGCUAGGAAUGUUGUUGGUUGGUGCGCACAACAUUGCGAGGCUGGACGCUCGCUAGCUGUUCACUACCGUAAAGCAGCCACCACACAGAUAUCGAUAGGAAGUCAUAAAACUCUCCGAGGUGUUGGAAAUAAAGGAAUCAUCAAGGGAAAGGGAUUCCUCGUCUUCAGACAAAACAAUAUCAUCAUCCAGAACAUCCACAUCACCUACCUCAAUCCGCACCUUGUAUGGGCUGGUGAUGCCUUGGUAAUGAACGGAGCUUCGAAUAUAUGGGUUGAUCAUUGUACAUUCAGCUACAUCGGAAGACAAAUGAUCGUCGCAGACCUCGAGAACAAUGUGGGAAUCACUUUGUCCAACAAUCACUUCCAAGGCAAAACAGAAUGGUCAUCAAAUUGUUAUGCUAAACAUUACUGGACUGUACUAUUAUCCGGUCAUGGGGACACCAUCACGAUGGCCAAUAAUUGCUUUGACCAAACGUCUGGACGGAGUCCAAAGCUUGGUGGAACUACAGGGCCUCGGGUCGAUUUGCAUUACUACAACAAUGUACAUUUCCAGGGCAGAGGUCAAUCUUUAGAAAUCGUUACAGGUGGUCAUAUGCUAGCAGAAGGAAACCUAUUUCGAGAUCUUUCUAUAGACUACCCAGAGCAAGCCCAAACUGAAAUAGGAGGCCAUGGAUAUGUCCCUUUCACUGCUGAUGAGGCGGCCAAAUGUCAGGCGUACCUUGGUAGGCCUUGCGUUCAAAAUGCGGAAGACAACUCGAAAGGUCAACCUAGUCAAGUCGUCUUUGGAAAGACAUUGAGUGUCUUGACAGAUUUUGAGGGAGUGAGCUACAUCAAGGACGUUAAUAUCAGACCUGCAUCUGAGCUAGUCAAUGGUCCACCAGGUGGAUGCGGAAUCGGGAUUUAAACCAUUCUGAUAUCUUGAUUUAUUUAUUCUCAGAUGAUUUCACAGACGCUGGAUUCUGUAACUCCUAUAAUUGUUUAUUUUCUACGGAAUACCGGACUUUCCUUUGUUAUAAAAAUUGCUCAAGUAGCUAAAUUUAUAAGUUUACUCAAUCUCCAAAGAUUUACAAUUAUUGUAAUCGUUUGUUCAGUUCAAAAUGUAGGCAAAUCAGUCAAACUUGCUCAGAUAUGAAGUUGCAAUACUCUGUUUCUCACUAAGCAGAAUCAAAUGCUCAUCAAUGUCUCAGGUAUAGGAUCAGAGACACAUUUACACCUCAAGCCUCCUCAGAAAGGAGAGGACUUACAUGAGCCAAGAACUUGCAAAAGUUUUGUCUGCGUUCGAAGUUUUUGACAAUCAGAAAGGUCUUGGUUCAUCCAAUUAAAACAUCAAGGCCUUACAAUAUAUGUUCAAUCUCAAAAUUGAUUAUCUUUAAAUCAUACAAUUAUACAAUACACAAUAAAUAAACAUUGACUUUUCUUUUUUAGUCAUCCCUGCCUCCCCUGCCAACUUUUUUUUGUUGAUCUACAACUUAGCCAAACCUUUUCCAUUACUUCCACCAAAUUGAUUGAUCCACCAUUUAACAGGUCCAACCCAUCCAACUUGACUAACGACUUCAAACCAAUCCAUCAUGACUCUUUGUCUCACCUCUAAAUCUUGAAUUUCGAAAACUAAUUGAUUUAAAAUUUGACAAACUUUUAUAAAUUCAUCUUGAUUUUCUAUAAACUUUAAAACUUCAAUCAAGUUUUCGUAUUGGUUUUCGGUUUGAAAUCGUUUGAUGAUAUGAUUCCAAUUGAUUUCUUCAUUUAUAGUUUGAAUCAUUACUUUAAGUGUUUCUUUUUUUAGUAUUUCAUUUGUUUGAUCAUUUUCAGAGUGGGUUCGAUUGGUCUGAUUACUUAGUACUAAAUCCAUCAUCCGAUCCACAAAUUUGAUAAUUUGGUCAUCAUCUUCUCUUAGUUUCCUAUGCUUGACUAUAGAUAUCAAAACUUUCCAAGCUGAUUGAAAUUUCAAAUCAUCCUUGCCAUUAUUUAUAUCGCCAUCACCUCUACUUUCAACUUCUUUCCAAAGUUGGUCCACUACGUUU